UGUUUCAUCGUAUGUAUGUAUGUACUUUCUACAAUCUGGCAACCCUGACUGUAUUUACUUUGUGUGAGCGUUUGAAGUCUCUCCCAGCCCAUUCCGCUGCUCUGUGAUUGGAUGAAUCCGCGCACACUCAUGAAGUUCCUUUGAGUUUCCCGAGGAGGAAAGUUAGCGCGAGUCCUGAACGAUUCACCGUCAACAUGGACCUGAGGAAGCGCGUGCUUCUGCCGGUGCUGCUGCUGCUGAUUUUACAGGGUUGGUGUAUUGAACACACUCAAGGAUUUAAUGUGGGAACAUCAGGAGCUAAAAUUUUCUCGGGCCCAACAGUCGAUGAGUUUGGAUACACAGUGCAGCAGUUCAGCAAUCACCAGGGCAAAUGGUUAUUAGUGGGAGCUCCCUGGACAGGCUACAGUCAGAACAGGAAAGGAGACGUGUAUAAAUGUGCGAUUGAAGGCCCUACGACUACCUGCGCUAAACUCAACCUACAGAAUGGAGUCAACAUACCAAACGUGCAGAACAUCAACGUUAACAUGAGUCUGGGUCUGACCCUGAUACGAACCACCAAAAACGGCGGAUUUAUGACAUGUGGUCCUCUCUGGGCUCAGGGUUGUGGUUCUCAGUAUUUCUACCCGGGAGUGUGUGCGGAAGUGAGCCCUCUGUUCGUCCCGCAACCAGCAUUCUCUCCUGCUCUACAAACUUGCGGCGGGCCGAUGGACAUCGCUAUAGUCCUGGACGGAUCUAACAGUAUUUAUCCUUGGCCUCCUGUCGUGGAGUUUCUUAAGAAGCUCUUAGGACACCUCGAUAUCGGACCGCAGCAAUCUCAGGUCAGCAUCAUUCAGUAUGGCGUCGAUCCCAAAAUGGAGUUCAAGCUGAACGCUUAUAAAACCAGAGAGUCGAUCGUUCAGGCGGCUUCGGUGAUUCCUCAGAGAGGUGGAAUCGAGACGAACACGUUUCGAGCCAUCGAGUACGCCAGGGUGAACGCUUUUCUGCCUGCAAACGGAGGACGUCCGGGUGCCAGUAAAGUGAUGGUGGUGGUGACUGAUGGAGAGUCACAUGAUAACUCCCGAAGAAACACGGUCAUUCCAGCGUGCGAAAAAGACGGCAUUACUCGCUUCGGCAUUGCUGUGCUCGGGUACUACAUAAGGAAUAACAUCGACAGCAAAAAGCUUGUCGAGGAAAUCAAGUCAAUAGCCAGCAAUCCUGCAGAUAAAUAUUAUUUCAACGUGUCCGCCGAAGAGGCUCUCCUGGAGAUCGCCGGAACUCUGGGAGAUCGGAUCUUCAACAUCGAAGGCACGGGUACAGGCGGUGAAUUUCAGAUGGAGUUGUCGCAGGUUGGCUUCAGCGCGCACCAGACCAAAAACCAGGACGUGAUGAUGCUCGGGGCCGUCGGGGCGUACGGAUGGACCGGAACUGUAGUGCAUAAAACCGCUCAGACGUCAGAGAUUUUCCCCAAAGGCGCUUUUGAGCAAAUCCUUGAAGACAAAAACCACAGUUCGCUCCUGGGAUACUCGGUGAGCACUCUGUAUAGCGGUUCCACCGAGUACUUUGUAGCCGGUGCUCCUCGCUCCAACCACACGGGUCAGGUUGUGGUGUACACACUGAACAAGCAGAGACAACCCGACAUCCGACACUCACAGAGAGGAGAUCAGAUCGGCUCGUACUUCGGAAGUGUGCUCUGUCCCCUCGAUGUGGAUCGUGACGGGGUUACUGACCUCCUGCUGGUCGGCGCUCCGAUGUACAUGAGCGACGAGAAGAAGGAGAUGGGCAAAGUCUACAUCUUCACCGUUACCGACGGGUUCUUGAGUAGCCAGGGGUUUCUGGAAGGUUCCACUCCACAGGAGAACGCUCGGUUCGGAAUGGCCAUCGCCGCUGCUCCUGACCUCAACCUGGACGGCUUGACCGAUGUGGUGGUCGGAGCGCCGCUGGAGGAGAACGGCCAGGGAGCCGUUUAUAUUUAUAACGGAGACGCUCGGAGCAUCAGGAAGCAGAGCUCACAGAAAAUUCUUGCCGUGAAACUGGACCCGACGUUGAGGUACUUCGGACGCUCUUUAGACGCCGCUGGAGAUCUGAACGGAGACUCGGUCCCGGACGUCUCGGUGGGCAGUUAUGGGAAGGUGCUUCAGCUCUGGUCCAGGGGAGUGGCGGUGGUGACGGCCCGGGUCACGUUCACCCCGGACAUGAUCAACAUCGAGAGUAAACCGUGUAGCUUCGGUGGACGGAAGGUGUCCUGUUUUAAAGCCAAAGUCUGCUUCAGCGCAGCGUUCAAACCGACGACGCCUGUCGGACCUGCAGAGAUUAAAUACAACAUGACGCUGGACGCCGACCUGCGGUCGUCUCGAUUCAGCUCCAGAGGUCAGUUCGGGAACUCCGAGCGAGUGGUCCAGCAGAACGUCGGCGUGUCCACGGCCGAGACGUGUGAGGAACAUCAGGUGUACGUUCAGGACACUCCUGACCUCGAAUCCAUCGCCGUCCGAGUCGAUAUCGGACUCCAGCAGCCGGACUCCAGCCCCGUCCUGGACGCCUUCAGUCCCAGCGCAUGGGAGUUUUUUAUCCCAUUUAUUAAAGACUGCGGUGGUGAUGACAUGUGCUACAGCGACUUGGUGUUGAGCGUCGAGAGAGAACCACCAAGCUCUUUGUUGCUGGUGAGUAAGAACAGUAGACUGUCACUGUCCGUGACGGUGAUGAACAGGAAGGAAAAUGCCUACAACACCAGAGUGAUAGCACGCUUCUCCAGCAACCUGUUCUACAGCUCCGUUACGCCACCUAGCGAUGAUACCGAGGUCAAAUGCACCUCCAGUAAAGACACCGAAAUCGUCACGUGUCAAGUUGGAUAUCCAGCGCUCAGGACUGACCAGUUGGUGACAUUCGAGAUCAAUUUUGACUUUAAUUUGGCACGAUUACAAAAGGAAGUCAAAGUGGCCUUCGAAGCCCAGAGUGACAGUAAAGAGGAAACUCCGGCGGAUAACAGUGAGACGAUGGCGAUCCCCGUCCAGUACAGGACCGAGAUCAUCCUCAGCAGAGAAGCCAACAUGAAUGUUUACUUGCUGGAUGAAAAGGAUGAAAUUACAAAUCCGAUAAAAACGUACAGUGACAUCGGCCCGGAGUUGAAGUUCAAUCUCAAGGUGUCUGGAGCAGUGUUUCCAGUCAGUCUGGUUUACCUCGACGUCUCGCUGCCCGUCAGUACUAAAUCAGGGAAUCAUCUGCUGUAUGUAACCUCAGUCGAGAGCACACCGCAGAGUGAUGUUCAGUGUGAGACCCAAGCGCUGAUCGACCCGUUUAAGAUCAGAGACAAAGAAUACACAGCCACAUUCACCAAGGAGAGCUUCCGAGGAACCAGUCACCUGAACUGCGACACGGCCGUGUGUAAGCAGCUGAAGUGCGUGCUGAAAGACCUGAGCGUGAAAAGUGAUUACUAUAUCAGCGUCUCCGCGAGGAUCUGGAACGGAACGUUCGCCGAGGCUGAUUUCCAGUCGGUCGUAUUAGACGUGAACGCUCAGAUCGAGACGUCUCAGUCUGAUCUACUCGUUAUCGCCCACAAACAAGUGACGGUCGAUGUCACUGUGAGUAAACCAGGUGCCAAAGGUGAUGUACCUGUCGGAGUGAUCGUGGGCAGUGUGAUUGGAGGAUUACUCCUGCUGGCUGUUGCUGUCGCAGUGCUGUGGAAGCUGGGCUUCUUUAAGCGUAAAUACCAGCAGCUGCAGAGAGGCGAUGACGGUGCUGAAGCAGAAGGACUACAGGACAACGCGGGACGACCGUGAGACCCAGACGGAUUCCCCCGUCCGGUUCAAGACUAUCUGAUCUCGGAUCAGCUCGAGCUAAAGUAACCCUCGGAGACACGGAGAUCAGAUGCACAGCAGUGAGGAGGUGAACCUCAAACACACAGCAGCAGGCUGCGAUCUGGUUCGAAUGGAAAAGCAAAGGAACACCACUCCGACUGUCGUGCUGCUAUGGACGAUCCUCACAUCCGCUGCUUAUUUUCGCCAACACUGGAGAACGCUUCGUUUUUCACUCCGAGUCUCUGCAUCAGCGUAAGCCACGGGAAAUGGGCUUCCGUUCCUGUUUGUAUUUUUACUUUUAUUUGGAAAUACUGUAAAUAUAUUUGAUAGAGAAAUAUUGUUGAAAAUGAUACGCAGACUGCACUGACCUUUUUCCUGACAAAACUAGUUUUAUUGACGAGCACAGAACAACAUUAUUAUGUAAAUAUCUUUUUUUUUUUUUUUUUGUUACAUAUUUUUCAUUUUUAAAACCGGUCUAAUCAUAUUGGAGCAUCAUUUCAUGACACGUAUCAUUUUCACGAGAAACGUUUCUCAAUAUUCAGUAACGUCGCAUUUCAGUGUUGACGGCGACAACAAAACUUUUUCGAUGUCAUUUAUUCUGAAGUCAUAUCACCCAGCCAUUCAAACGAGCCACUACUCGAUCAUUAGUAGCAUGAAUGCUUUUUGGUGAAAUGCUAGCUCAGGUGCGGCCAAAAACCAUCGUUCUGACGGACAACACGUGGAACAUUUAACAUUACAGGCAGUCGAGUGCAAAAGUUUUCAUCCUCUUUAAUCAAGGCUUCAGUUCAAAUAGGCCUCGUUUAUCUUUUAGUAAAGUUGUGUGAGAAUGUUUUUCGCCAAACUGGACUGUCUGUAACCGCCAAGAGCGAUCGCGAAAAAGCUGCGAAUUACUGCGAGUUACAUUUUGACACACCAAUAAAACCAUAAAAAGUAAAGAAUGGUUAAAAAAAAAAAAGACAAAACGAAGACCAAACGGUGAAGGAGCACAAACUCUUCCAGUCACAUGGUUAAGCAACCGCAGUACGUCAGCUACCAUAAUAACUCCUCCUCCUUUCAUAGGACGCCAUUACUUUUGUCCUAAUAGAAUGGCUAACUUUGAAAAGGAGGACAUGUUUAACCAACAGGAAACAAGUGCUCAACAUCCUGUUACACAACGUUUUUUUUUUUUUUUUUAGAACAUGUAUACAUGCUCACUAUCCACUUUAUUAGGAACGCCUGUACAACUGCACAUUCACGCAGCUAUCGAAGCAUCCAAUCAUGUGGCUGCAGCACAAUGCAUAAAACCAUGCAGAUACAGGUCAAGAGCUUCAGUUCAUGUUCACAUCAAACAUCAGAAUAAAGAAAAAGUGACAUCUCUGAGACUUUAACCCUGGCAGGAUUGUCGGUACCAGAUGGGCUUAGGAUUUUCACACACAACCGUCUCUAGAGUUGACACAGAAUGGCGCCAAAAAAAAAAAAAAAAAAAACAUCCCGUGAGCGGAGGGUCUGCAGGCUGGAUCACCUUGUUCACACUUUCUCUUCAUUCUGAUGUUUGAUGUGAACAUUAACGGAAGCUCUUGACCUGUAUCUGCAUGAUUUGAUGCAUUUAUACAUGCCACACGGUUGGCUGAUUGGGAUGACUGCAUGAAUGUGCAGCUGUUCCUAAUAAAGUGGACGGGACGUGUAUAAGAUUUCAGAGAAAAUGGACGUUUCGGACCAAAAUCCUUCAUCAGCUGUGAAACAAGAGUGCUGUAUAUAAACUGUGUAUAUUUAUAUAAUCGUCAUUAGAAGAUGCAUUAAAACCGAAUGAGCAAAAUCUCUACAUCAAAUAUGUCUAAAAGCUUGUUUCUGCUGCGUAUGAGUAAAUAUUACACAGAUAUAUAUAUAUAUAUAUAUAUAUAUAUAUAUAUAUAUAUAUCUCGCAGCUUAUGUUCCUCGCAUACACACUACGGGGUUUUGCUGAGUGAUUAUAGGAAAAGGAAGCACUAAGUCAAUAUCGUGCGAUAUUAAUAAUUAUUACUGAGAUUAUUUUUUUUAAAAGGCCAAUUGUAAAAUUUUAGCUCACAGUUGUGAGAUGUAAAGUCACAGCUGAGUGAUAUUAACUAGCAGCUGUGAGCGGAAAAUGUGACGGUUUGUGAAAAUAACCCCUAGUUUCGAGAUUUAAAAAAAAUAAAUAAAGACACAAUGGAAUGAUUAUUAACUUGUAACUGUGACCAAAAAAAAAAAGUUGCAUCCAAAUGACACGAUUUUGAGAUCAAGUGCCGACCGAGCAAUUAUUAACUCUAACUUAAUUAAGUGACGUUAACUUGCAUUUGCGAGGAAAAAAAGGCACAGUUUCGUGAAAAUAACUCGCAAUUACAAGAUAUUUAAAAAGUUGUCGUUGUGUGAAAAUAACGGAAUUUUUAAAUUGUAAUUGCAAAUUAUUUUUCAGGCAACUGCGAGUAAAUAUCACUCAAUCGUGACGUUAAAACAACAAAAAAAAUUGAUAUGAACUGACGAUUGAGCAAUUAUUAACUCGCAAUUACGAGAUUGAAAAAACUAAAUUUGAGGGAGGGUUCGUCCCAAACAGCUGUCUAGCUCUCUAGGUGAUGAAUCAGUACAUCGAGUACACGAGUUAGGGCACUAAUAAGGACCCUGACUCACUACACGUUUGGACGCUGAUAACUGGAUUUCCGCCGACACGACUACGUACUCGUGUUGUCAAACGUCACCGCUGACAUUUAACCAACAGCAUGACCGAUGUCUUUCUGACAUUAUAUGUCGUAUCGAUUUGUUAGUUUAAUCCCGUGCGCUUCAGUGACGGUACUUCAGGCAGGAGCGUAUUUUUAAAAAAUCUCUAAACACUUAAAUGUCGUCAUUAGACGUUAUAUAGAACAUCAAAUAAAGUUUUAAAAAAUCCUUAGCGCAAGUAAUCGUUUCAGCGCUACAACAACGAUAACAAGCUCCUUACAUUUGUAGACGGAAGUUGCCUGAGAGUUCGUCGGCCAUUUUGUCUCCAGCUGAGAGGCUUCAGUAAACGUGACGUUAUUUCCGGUUUGAACAUAACGAGCGUCGAUGCUCCUGGUUUUUGCGGUGCAUUGUGGGAUUUUUUUUUUUACGGAGCGGACGUUCCAGUGCACCGGAAAGCAUUUUAGCAUUCAAAAUGGCCGCCUCGCUGCUCAGCGCCCAGACUACUGAACUAGAGAGCUGAUUGACACGCAGUUGUAUAAAAAUAACUUCCGAUUAAUGAGCAGUCGCAUGAUGAUGAUUCACAAUCACGAGCGUAAUAUUUUCCCCUACGCGGUGGAAACAAGAUUCCAUAAAUAUAGCUAUUUUAUUUUAUUUUAUGUAUCGUUAAACACCAUGCAUUCGUUCCUCUCUCUCUCUCUCUCUCUCUCUCUCUCAGGAAUAGAAAACAUUAACUAAACUACUGGAACACUUUGUACUGUAAUAUUUAAACACUCUGCUGACUGAAACGUGUUCGUCACGCCCCAGGCAGCAGAAUGACGUUUUUGGGAAUUUAAAAAAAUUAAUAAAUAAAUGUCUAAAAUAUCUAUCUUUUUUUUUUUUCACCUCACGUGAAAAUGUAUUGUUUAAUUUUUUAGAGUUUAUUUACAUGUUCAUCCGGCACUUUACUCACUUCUCACUUACCCAUUAAGUUCGCUUUAGUGAUUCUGAUCGUACUUAACGUUCUGGAUUUAUCUUUUUUUUUUCCCUUGUAUUUUAUUUUCACAAACGCUUUAUUUUAGAUUUCUUUUUGACCAUCUGGAACAAAAAAAAAAAAACACUUUUAAAAACAUACCUUUAAAAAACUUUGUAGCAUUUUUUAUUAUUAUUAUUAUUAUUCCAUCCUUUAGGCUUUGGUAAGAGUUUGUAUUUUUAUACUUUACUCAGACUGUACAGCACGAGUGUAAAUUUAAGAUUUGAUUAUUUACUGAAUUCUGCAAUAAGUUAAAUAUGUACUGUAGUCAGGUUUUAUUCUUCAAAUUAAAAAUUUCAAAAUACUGAUUACUAUAUUAAUGCUUUUCUAUAAAUUUAUCAGAGCACUAAAUGUUUACAGAAGUUGUUUGUUGUUGUUUUUUUUGCAAUGGUACGUUAUUUCAAUUUUUGUCUAAAUAAUAGAUCAAACAGGGCAAUUUAUUCAAAUGAUCAUUAAAACAUUGUA